UAAUGAACAUUCGUAAAGUUCUGAACCGGCUUGAUAAACCAGAAGGUCUUUACCCUAAUUACCUGAAUCCCAGUAGUGGUCAAUGGGGUCAACAUCACGUCUCUGUUGGAGGACUUGGAGAUAGCUUUUAUGAGUAUUUGCUCAAGGCAUGGUUGAUGUCAGACAAGACAGAUGAAGAAGGCAAGAAAAUGUAUUAUGAUGCUGUUCAGUCCAUUGAAACCCAUCUGAUCCGGAAAUCUAGUGGAGGUCUGACGUACAUUGCUGAGUGGAAGGGUGGCCUGCUCGAACAUAAAAUGGGACAUCUGACCUGUUUUGCUGGAGGCAUGUUUGCACUGGGUGCAGAUGGGGCACCUAAUGAUAAAACUGGGCAUCAUAUUGAACUUGGUGCUGAAAUUGCUCGCACGUGUCAUGAAUCUUAUGAUCGUACAAGUAUGAAACUGGGACCAGAAGCUUUCAGAUUCGAUGGAGGUGUAGAGGCCAUUGCUACAAGGCAAAAUGAGAAAUAUUACAUCUUGCGACCUGAAGUUAUAGAGACCUAUAUGUAUAUGUGGAGAUUCACUCACGAUCCAAAAUACAGGCAGUGGGGAUGGGAAGCAGUAGAGGCACUGGAACAACAUUGCAGAGUAGAUGGUGGCUAUUCUGGAAUUAGAGAUGUUUAUAGCAACCAUCAAAGCCAUGAUGAUGUGCAGCAGAGUUUCUUCCUUUCAGAGACCCUCAAGUAUUUAUACUUACUGUUUUCUGAAGAUGAUCUUCUUCCAUUUGAACAUUGGAUCUUCAACACUGAGGCUCACCCUCUACCAGUUCUUCACAGAGAUGAUGGAAAGAAGGAAGAAAAACACAAAUAAAACAAUGUUAAGUUAAUUUUUGUUUCAUUCCUUAGAAGUUUCUUUCCAGUUUUGGGCACACAAUGCAGUUUUACUUUAAUUCCUGAGAUAUUUUGAGUUUUAAACCAAUUGUUUUGCAGUCUGUUAUAUUUGCCAGUAAAUAUUUAUGAAUGGACCUAAAUUCAUUCCAACAAAACUUUUAAUCUUAUUUUUCCAGCUGAACCACCUUUUUUUUUCUUUUUUUUUUUUUUUUUAAGAAAUCUGACGUCUCUAGAUUUCAUUAAGCUGCAGUGUCAUCUUUGCCAAAUAGAAUAGAGGGGUCUGCAUGUUACUUGUUUCCUAUUAUACUUUUGAUUUGACUGCAAAAUUCUUUCCUCCUCUGUGAGGAGAUGUCUGCUUUAAGCUGUAAUAUUUUGCCAUGUUGCAAAAAGCCAUAAAGAAUUAAGUGUAAAGAGCUUUUUUUCGUUCUAUGUUAAUUUUUUUUUGUCUGUCAUCUGAGACGAAUCUUGUAACUGUGACAGCCUCUUCUUAUGCGGGUCUAUCGAUUGGUAAAAUAUCUUCUGAAAUUUUUAAUCAAUGACGUCUACGUAGGAAUAGUUUCAUCUCAUGCGGACACAAUUCUGUUUAAAACUGCAGUGUACUUUGAACUGAACCUAAACAUUUUUACAAAUCCAUUACAUUAGUUGGACAGAUCCUAAGUUUUAUUAAAACUCACCUUUUUGUUUUGUUUAGAAUAUCACUGCAAACUGAAUUUUCUUCCAUUUUCUAACUAGAGUUACUAUCGCUUCUAUAAUCAGCUUGGUGUGAGCAAAAUAAACAAUUUGAAAAACUGGCAUUAUUGAAUUAUUAAAAAGGGAAUUGUAUCUUAUUUAUAGCUGUUUACGUAAUCUGUUAGCUUUUUCAUUUGACCGGAUAUGUGAGAUAAAUGAGAUGUUAUGAAAUUCUUUCUAAAGUUAGGCUGCGAAUUAUGCCAAUCAGAGAAUGAGAGAUGAUUUUUUUAAUCUGCUGUGGUCUUACUUUUCAACAAUUCCAUUUGGUUUACAUUGUGAACUAAGACAGUCAGCUGGAACAAAGUAGUUUAAUAUAGAUUAUCAGAACAGGAGUUCUGAAGAGCUCAAAGGAAACUUAGCUUCUUUAAAAAAAAAAAAAAAAAAGUAUUGUUUGCGUUGGAAGAUGGAAAUUGACCGGCAUACAAUUAGUACAUUUUGGAAGCCCAGAACAAGAAUGACCAAAGUUAUAGAAAUAAAACAUGUUUAAAAAUAUUCUUCAGACAUAAGGCCUAGAUUAUCAAGAAAAGUUACUUUUAAUGGAAUCACCAAAGGGAGAAAUCAGGCACAAUUCCUUUUCUAUUGAGAUUUAUUUUGGAAUAGUUUACAUGAGUAAUUCAUAUGGAUAUUAGGAACUUAACUUUUGAUAUGCAGACGGGAUAACUGUACUGUAUGUUCAGAGUUGGGUGUGACCACUGGCUUCCCAGCACAAAAAAGUACAUUAUUAGGUGGUGUGACUGCAAAGAAACCAACAUGGUUCAGAACAGUAAUUCUCAAUUUUCUUUUAAAUAAGUGCAUGUGAUGACUCAAAUAUCCUGCUUAGUCAUUUAGGCACUAUGGUUCCACAGCCGUAAUUAGGUAUAGAUCUUCUUUCACAAAAGAACAAGACCUCCUCCCCGCCCCUUAGUGCUGGAAGUGCUGUAAUAUAGGUUUUUCAGGUAAAAAUUAGGGACAAAGGAAACUUAUUACCAUUAUGUCCUGCAUUUUGGAGCAAAGCCAAAUAACUUCCUCUGCAGAUGCAGAGGGCCCUUUGCAGCCACACAUGUUGUUCAACUGGAUACAGAAAUGGGUGUGUAUCCCACGCAAUCUGCCUGGGUGAAGGCAAGGCUGAAGGAUCCACUGCUAUGCUGCUAUCCUCCCCCUUUGGGGUUUGGUGAGAACAUAAAGCCUUUGUGAGGCUAUGCAUCAUUGGGCUGAGUCUGCAGAGAGGACCUGCUGGGGGUCACAUAACUUAAGUGUGAAGGGUCCUGUGCCACACACACAUUUGCCUAGUGCCCUGCCUGGCUGCUCUUAAUCAGUGCUGAGCUCAGGAUUUGAGCCUUUGUUAUCCAUAUGUCUUUGUUCAUUUAACAAUUAUCAGUGACAAGGUAGUCACAUUUUUAGGUAUCUUGUAUUUGAUAAUCCUGGCUCCAUUAAAAUGCAUGGUAAAUCUCUCAUUGACUUCAGGGGCCAGGAUUUGUAUCUCUUGAGGAUAAUAUUAACUGUGUCAUCCUUUUCAUUAUGAAAUUCCCCAAUAUAAUACAAGAUGUUUUUAAAAGGAAUCUAAUUUUGGAGUAAAAACUAAUUUUUUCACUCCUUUCCACUCAAAAAUAAAAUGGCAAUAUUGAAUUUUUAUCCAAUUACUUUUAGUCCGUAAACAUCUUAUGCUGCAUGCUGUGUAAUUUUUGUGUGCACGCUUCUGUGGGGCCUCAUUUCUUUUAGUCAGAUAAUAAAACCAAUAAAAUCGGAAACACAGUUUUUGGAGACAUAUCUUUUGUUAACCUGGUUUUUACAUUUUCCUGAUCAGAGUCUCAAGAUCACACUCUUAGGGGGGAAAUUUAUUGUACAUACAAAUUUCCCUUACUCCCAGCAAAUAAAGGUAAAGAAUGCAAAAUGGUGAUAUAAAUUGGGAUUUAAGUAUUUAGAUGUAAAUUUCAUGUUGAUUUCCCUGGAAUACAGACAUUUUGAAGAGUAUAAUUUUUCUGGUUUGGGAGUUAUCAUUUGAAAGAGCACAAAGUUGAUACGUGAUUCUGUUACUAACAAUGUAUUUGGUAUUCAGGUGUACAAACUGCACUGUACUGUACCUUUUGUAAACUAUGUAAGUAGACAAAAAGAUUGUACAACAUGUAGAAUCUGCCAGCUGUAAGAAUACCCUAUUUUGUAAGUUCAGGAAUAUUGAUUUUUUUUAAAAAGAACCCCAAAACUCCAAAGCGUGAAAUGUUCUAGUGAUCACCAUUUAAUCAGUCAGCUUUUACCAACUGUUAGCACACAGCUAAUAUGGUAUUUUCCUAGUACUUACAAUAUGAAAUUAACUGUGUGGAAACUGCUGAUUUGAAGACCUCUGUAUAUGUAAUUGAUAAUUCAUAUGGAAGAGAAACUGCUGAAUUUGAAAAAAUGUAAACAGUGUAUUAAAUACCUUUGUGAAGACAUUGCCUAAACUCUCAUUCCUUUUCAGCAUAUAACAGUUCAGUUAAGUUUACAUGUUAAAUUCUAAAUGGUGAAUAAUUUAAAUGGCACUUAAAUUAAGUUGCAGAAACAACAAUUGUUUUGAUUGUUUGUGUAAUUAAUAUUGCAUAUGUUUGUUGUCUGACAGUUCUACAAUACCCAAUGACUCUCUAUUUCUAUGGUGACUUCAUCAUAUGUAUUAUCCAUUUCUAUCCAUUAAAUUGUUUUUGAUUUGUACAUAUUCCAUUUAGUCUUUUCCACCUUUAUAUAAAUCUCUGAUGUAAUGAGAUACAUAACAGAUCAAGAUGCUUAAUUUUUAAGAACUAUAUUUGUAAAAAUUUCUCUAUUGUGAAUAAAGUCUUUUAAUA